CGAGACAACUCUAAUCCCGCACCGAGACGCGCACCCAAUUUGCUAGCAGCGUCCUGGCGCCGGGGAGCGCUCCACUUGUCGCGCGGGCGCCGCGACACGACGGCGAGCGGACGGGAAUCGGGCCCGUGCCCGCGCGCCUGACCGCCGCGCCGGGAGCGCGGCGGCCGUAUAUAACCGCCUCCGACCUCGGAAACUUGCGGCACGAUAUAAUUGGCUACCGGCCGGCACCGACCGCCGACCGCCAGUUAGGCAAGGGGAACACUCGCUAGUCGGCGGUCGCUCGCGAGCUCGCGCGCUCGCGCGCCGCGGCGCACGCCGGUGUGUGCGCGAGGUUGAUGGGCGCGGCGGGAUGAGCGAGAGGGGGCCGAGCAAGAGGCGGCUGAGCGGCGCGUCCAACGGCGGCAGCGGCGGCAAUGCGGCGGGAGGGGGCUCUGGCGCCGCCGCGGGGCAGUGGGAGGGGAGCGGCAAUGCGGCGCGGAUCCGUGGCGUGAACGCCGGGAUCAUGGACGAGAAGGUGCUGGAGCUCGUGUUCCGGACGCUCAACUGGGACCCGCAGUCGCUGUGCGUGGUGGCGCGGGUGAGCCGGCGGCUGCGCGCCGUGGCGGAGCGCGUGCUGUGGCGGGAGCUCUGCGUCUCGCGGGCGCCGCGGAUGGUGGCGGCGCUGACGGGUGGCGCCCCCGCGUCGGCGCCGGCGGCCGGGCGCAUCGGCGGCGGGUGGCCGGCGCUGGCGAAGCUGCUCCUCUUCUGCUGCGGCGCGGCGGGGGCGGCGGUCCCGGGCCACUUCGCCCCGGUGUCCCGCUUCUCCAAGACCUCCGGCCGGAGCUUCCUGUCGCGGCGGUGCGCGGGGGACCUGCUGUACGUGUCGGACCCCUGCGAGCACGCGGUGGCCGGCGCCGCCGACGACGUGGGCGCCUACCGCGGCGUGUUCCGCGGGUUCAUGCGCUCCCGGACGCGUGCGUGGCUCGUGGGCCACCGCGCCCCACUGGAGCCCCGCGUGCGCUGCCCCUACUGCGGCGCGCGCGUCUGGAGCAUGACCGCCGCCGGGCUCGCCCCGCGCAGCGCGUCGCGGCGGCUCGGCGCCAACGACGGCUGCCUCGAGUACUUCGUCUGCGUCAGCGGGCACCUGCACGGCAGCUGCUGGCUCGCGCGCCUCUCCGACAGCGAGGGCGCCGGGCCCGACGGAUCCGACGCCGACGACGCGUCCGCCGACGAGGACGACGUCGGGCUGUGACUCGCCUCGCCGACGCCGGCGACGGAUUCGACCUGUACAGAGAGUCUAGUUUAGCCUCAGCUUAGCAUUUUUCCCCCUCUUUUCCUUCCAAUUCAUCUUUGUAAAUGCUGUGGCUGGCGGCGUGCCGCAGUUGCAUUGCUCCGGUGUCCGCCCGACGCCACCGGAUCAGCACCAGGCACAGGCACGAGCCAGCCUUGCAGGUGCGGCGCGCACCGACGCGCCGUGCUUUUGACACCGUGGCCUGCUCGGCGCUUCACAUGGGCCAUGGCAGAAUCUUUAAACCGGCAGGGGACUUGGUAUGCAAUUCCUCUCCCUUUUGAAGAGACCAUGCCUCCAUUUGUUUUCGAGACGGCCGAUCCGACUUCGCCGCCGUGCCGCAUUGAUGCGUUUCUGGGCUGCCGCCGGCGGUGCCCAUCCCGGCGUCGGCGUGGCCAUUAGCCCCAUGCCUCCGAAUGGUCCCGUCCGGCCAUGGCGCAGUAGCGCACACGAGGCUUUUCCCGUGGCUGUGACGGAUCGACGGGUCACGGAUGGGAGGCUCCCGGCCCGGCCUCCGGGACCCCGCGGCCGGAAUUCUGUACUCAGGAGUUGUCCGUCCGUAGCGGGACAGGGUUCCUUGUACGUAUUCGGGCGAAACACAACGCAUCAGGCCACCGUUCGAAGAAGAUGGCGAUCGCCGCUGCAGAGCAGAGGUCCUGGCUUUCACGAGGGAUUUUGUGAUGGCUUGCGGGGACACGAGUACAGUAAACAUCCCCGACAGUUGAACAGCUCGCAAAGCUUUGUUUGUCAUCCAAUGGAUGUGUAGUGUGUUCCUCUGAAAAACUAGGUCAGCAGUGUAGACAGCUGUUGUAAACAUGCAGUGUGAAAAUCUUAUAACAUCAAUCAAUGGUGCGCAUGAACAUGGAGCGGUAGAGGUGCUGCAAAAGUAAAAAGUUAUAUAAGAGCGUUUUUCCUGUGUACUGACA